CUCAGCCAAUCAGUAAACCAGGUUUGUCGACGCACGUACGUAUGUACGUAAGCCUCUUGGUACGCGUUACGUAAUUUCCAGAGAGCAGGAAGUGUGAUGUGGCUUUGAUUCACAACAAAAAUGUCGGCCAUUUUCAACUUCCAGUCACUGCUGACGGUGAUUCUCCUCCUGAUCUGUACCUGUGCCUACAUCAGAGCGCUGGCUCCCAGCCUGCUAGACAAGAACAAGACCGGGCUUCUAGGAAUAUUUUGGAAGUGUGCCAGAAUAGGUGAGCGGAAGAGUCCCUGGGUGGCUUGCUGCUGUGUCAUCAUGGCUUUUAGUAUAUUGUUUCUACAGUAGCAGUCCAAAGAAAACCACAAAUGGAAACAUUAGGGGAAUAAACGGACAACAAGGCAUGGACACUACGAUCCGAGAAGCACAACAGGACCUCCAGUGGUUGUCACUUAGAUAAACGAAAACUCGUCACCACUCACCGUAGCCACAGAGAGAGAAAAUGUGUCUGCGUGGGGGGAGGGUGGCAGCUGAUAGCCCCAGAGUUUGUCUCGAUCCUCCCACUGACAUCCAGGUUUGUCCGUGUGUUUGCUAACGUGGAAUGUUUACUCUGGAUGCAUCUGUGUCGGGGGGCAGUGCAGAGAAUUCAGAUUCUGGCAUCAUUUGUGGGAUCAAGUAAUACUUUGUUUGUCCGGACAUUUCAAAACGAUUAUUUCCCUUUUGAGUUUGUCACAAUCGUCUCCGCCUGUUUGAAAUUCUCCAGAAAAAGACCUUCAUAAAUAUUCACAGCUGUUUUGCGAUUCACUUGGAGGCUUAUGUUUGGAAGCUGAGGUGUGACUUUGGAUCGCCUCAGCUCCUUCUUUGUAACCUGUGCCCGGUUUGUUGUAUGUAGAAAAAGUGAGCAGACCCCGCAGCAAGCAAUGAUAGUAUAGCUCUUCAAGUGUCUAAUCAUCCUACGCAUUUGACUCAAAGAGCUACUGAUGUUUUUCAAAUCAUUCAGUUUGCUGCUAUUUAUUAAAGACAUUUUGGUAAUCUGGUCUACAAGGUGGAUUUUUGUCAUUGAACUCAACCAUUUUGACUCAUGCUUGCUGUUGAUGCCUGUUUGUCUAUUGUGAUAUUGUAAGGUGAAGUGUCAUUAAUAAUGGCUUUAAACAUGCAAAAUACAAGUUGAUGACUGCCUUUAAA